AUGGAGCCAAAUGAUGCUUCCCAUAUAGCGUCUGCUGCUCCGUCGCCCACAGCGACGGAUCUCAUACUCCAGCAACGGACAGGGGCACUACAAGCUGGACCAGCGACAGUGGCUUCCGCGGUGCCGAAAGGUGAUGGAAGCCUUUUCUCGCAGAUCACGGAUAACCCGUUAUUUACGGCGGGAUUCGGUCUCGGCGCUCUAGGUGCAGGUUUAACGUUUGCACAGCGAGGCGUUCGCCAUGGCGCAGCUCUGUUGCGUCGUCGAAUGCUGGUGGACGUAGAGAUCAGCAUCAAAGAUGAUUCGUAUCCUUGGUUCCUUCAUUGGAUGACACUCUACCAGCAAUCGCAGCUCAACACUGCUCGCGCGAGCACGCAGACUAAUGGCUUCGUCGACCGUCUCCUUCACAAACUGACCCCCGGCAUGCGUCAUCUCUCCAUUCAAACAUCAAAAGUGGAACACUCCAACGGAGCCAUUCACACACAAUUCUCGCUGGUACCAGGACCUGGAAAGCACAUUCUUCGCUACAAGAACGCGUUUGUGUUUGUGAAUCGAGUGCGAGAGUCAAAAUCCCGAGAUCUCCAAACAGGCAAGCCGUGGGAAACCAUCACCCUUACCACUCUCUACUCGCAACGACACAUCUUCGAAGACCUAUUUACCGAAGCACACGCCUACGCCGCUAAAUCACACGAGGGCAAAACUACAAUUUACAACAGCUGGGGGACUGAAUGGCGGCCGUUCGGCAACCCUCGACGCAAGCGCCCGCUGGAAUCUGUGGUUCUGGAUGAAGGCGUCUCUGAGCGCAUUGUUGAUGAUGUUCAAGACUUCAUUUCAAGUUCUGCCUGGUAUCACGAUCGUGGGAUUCCUUAUCGCCGUGGGUAUCUUCUCUAUGGGCCGCCGGGGACGGGAAAGAGCUCCUUCAUACAAGCUCUUGCCGGAGAACUGGACUAUGAUAUUGCCAUUCUCAACCUCAGUGAGCGUGGCUUGACCGACGAUCGAUUGAACCAUCUCCUGACCAUUGUGCCGAAUCGGACGUUGGUUCUUCUGGAAGACGUGGACGCUGCUUUUUCAAAUCGUCGGGUUCAGACUGAUUCUGACGGCUAUCGUGGCGCUAACGUUACUUUCUCCGGCUUACUCAACGCACUGGAUGGCGUUGCCAGUGCCGAGGAACGUAUUAUCUUCCUCACCACCAAUCAUGUCGAGCGUUUAGACGAAGCUCUCGUGCGACCGGGGCGCGUAGAUAUGACAGUGCGCCUUGGCGAAGUGACGCGCCACCAAGUCGGUCGCCUAUGGGAUCGUUUCUACGAAGAUAUUGAUCCGUGCGGAGCUCAACGCAAGGUUUUCCUCGAUCGCCUCCAGCAGCUUGGUCUCAUCGAAGACGAACACGGGAACAAGACUGAUCGGUCAAAGAGCACGAGCGCCGCCGCUCUCCAAGGCCUGUUUUUGUACAACAAGGGUAAUCCGGAGGGGGCGAUUGCCAUGGCAGAAGGGCUUACCUUUUCGGUCCACGACGAGGCCUUGGAACAUGGCCCGAAUCGGAAUGACUAG